UGUCUCCCACCCGGCGCAUGCGUAAAUGAAGCGCAGCCCGUCUCGGUCGGCUGCUCUCUCGCGCAUGCGCGGGCCUUCCUCUUUUCCAGACGCACGCGCGGGCCCCGGCCUGCCUUGACUUGCGGUUACGCGCAUGCGCCUUGAGCCGCUUUCCCCUCGCGCCCGCCUCUCCACGCAUGCACGCGCGGUGGUGAUGAUGGUGGGGGAGGUACGGGGCGCCAUCUCGCUCUUCCGCCUCACUGUCCGCCCCGCGCAUGCGCCGACCCGUGACCUCUCUCCUCCUCCCCCCAGAUGGCGCCUGCGUGGUCCGCAACCGUCUUCCGCCUCACGUGCCGCCCUCCGCGGAGCUGGGCGCAGGCGCGGCGCGCGCCCAACCGCCCACCUGCCGGCGCCUGCGCAGUGCGGCUCGGCUCGCCGUUCCGGGGGCGGCCGCUGUCAGUCGGUGCGCGGAGCCCGGCGCCGGGUCCAUGGGGCCGCAGUGAGGAGCCGGCCAGGCCCAGCCCCAGCCCCAGCCCCGCCCCGCGCCGCGCCGGCCAUGGCCGACCCGGCCCCCGCCCGCAGCCUGGAUGACAUCGACCUCUCCGCCCUCAGGGUAAGGGGGGCAAAGGGCAAAGGACCCCGCCGGCAUAUUCGAACUGGUGGAGGUGGUCGGGAACGGGACGUAUGGACAGGUCUACAAGGGCCGCCAUGUCAAGACAGGGCAGCUGGCAGCCAUCAAAGUCAUGGACGUCACCGAGGUAAGAAGGAUCACGGUGGGGGGCACCCUGACGUGAGCCCCUGGAACUUCACCUGUCUGGAACUGCAGCUUCUGCCCCCUCCCCAUCCCUGGGGGUGCCCUGUCUUCCCCCCCCGCCCCAGCCCCUGGCCAGCCGGGAGGUCCGUUGGGUGGCUGGAUUCAGCUGCAUGGCCCUGUGGGCCCCAGCUGGGGACAGUCCUGGGCCCAGAGGGCAUCUGCCCCCUGCUGCCAAGGGCAGGCCGGGCUCUGCUGGGUCAAACCCGUCUCCUCCUCUCCAGCGCCCCCUGCUCUCGGGCGCCCGGCGCUCCUCUUCCCCCGGGGGCACUUACCCCAGCCUCACUCUGCCAGCCUGCUCAGCUAGGGUCGGCUCUCCGUCCCCCGAGCAGCCUGGCAUCCCUCCUCUGCACCGGGCACCCCCGAGCUGGGCCGGGCUAGCAGGGGCUGCGGGUCGGGAGUGAGGGGCACCG